AUGUCCAUCGACGAACCUAUACCACCGUCUGUCUCCUCAGAAGAUUUAGAAACAUGUGUCAAAGUUUUGGAAAAAAUUGCAUCCCAUAAAGCUUACUCUCGGCUCGAGUCCACAAUACAUGAUCGUCUGCAACCAAUACUGCAUAGUUUAUUUCAUAUACAGAAACGACUAAAAAGGAAACGACUAGUUGAUCAUCGUGCCCAACUACGACAAACAGAUAUAAAGGCAAAAAAUAAUUGUUUACUUCGUGCUGGUCGUGCAGAAAAACUUCAACAACUUCAAUUGCAGCAUGUUCUAGUGCCUGACGGAACCGUUCCAACUUCAGCAAUAACAUCUCCAAAUGAUUCUCAACGACUCCUUAAAUCCAUACCGUGUUAUAUAUGUAAACUUAAAUUUCGUACAUUACACUUCUUCUAUGAUUCUCUUUGUCCAUCAUGUGCUGCGCUGAAUUUCUCCAAGCGUAACCAAACAACUGAUCUUUCCAAACGAAUAGCUUUAGUUACUGGUGGUCGAUUAAAAAUUGGUUAUCGAAUCGUGUUAAAAUUACUUCGAGCCAAUUGUUUCAUUAUUGCCACCAGCCGAUUUCCAAUAGAUUUCUUGAAUCGACUGAACAAAGAGCGUGAUUUCGAUGAAUGGAAAUCACGUAUACAUAUUUAUGCGGUUGAUUUCCGUUCUGCACGAUUAAUUGAAGAAUUUACUCAGACGAUUAUUGAGAAAUAUGAUAGAUUAGACUUUUUAAUCAAUAAUGCAUGUCAAACUAUUCAACGCCCCCAAGAAUUCUAUCAACAUUUAGUUAACCAUGAACGACUGGCUAGCUAUGCACUUCUACCACCCGAUCAACAAGCGAUCGUUGACGGGAAUCUUCAAUUUUACAAACAAUUAUUUCCAUUCUCUACUCAAUUUCUUGAGCAUGCACCUACAUCGUUACCAAUAUCAUCGACAUUGAAUGACUCAAUGUCUUCCUCACUUAUCAACACUACAUCAUUUGAUGUCAAUAACCAACUAAUUGAUUUUCGUCCAACGAAUUCAUGGAUGUUACGUCUUGCUGAUUUAUCUUCAAUAGAAGUUGCCGAAGUGCUGUCUAUCAAUACUUUAGCACCAUUUAUUCUAAACAGUAAAUUGAAAGUUCUCAUGGCAGACAAACAUCCUGAAUCGGAAUGCGCGAAGUUCAUUAUCAACGUUUCAGCUAUGGAGGGUUCAUUCUCACGCAAAAAUAAAACCAGUCGACAUCCUCAUACCAACGCGGCGAAAGCAGCAUUGAAUAUGAUGACACGAACAUCGGCAAGUGACUAUAAGAAAUUCAACAUUUAUAUGGUUUCCGUUGAUACAGGUUGGAUCAAUGAUGAAAAACCGCUCGACAUAGCUUAUAAAACUAUGAUCGAACGUGAUUUUCAAACGCCGCUGGAUGAAGAGGAUGCAGCUGCUCGUGUUCUCGAUCCGAUCAUUGAUACGUAUCGACAAGUUGCCGAAGGAAAAACUGAUAUUAACAUUGCAUACGGCUGCUUCUUGAAAGAUUAUCAAAAAUGCGAUUGGUAA